AGUCUCGCGGCCAUAUCGCCCGCGGAAGGUCGCGGCCGUGCGCAACGUGCCUCGAUAUUGUCGGUGUUUAGUUGUGCCAUAAAUAUUCUUAAACUGUGAGAACUACAAAAAUCGAUCAGCAUGGAUCCCGAAGCAUUCUUGGACCUGGCCAACCAGGUCAUCAAACUUAAAAUGUUCCCAUAUUUCGACAUAGCACAUUCUUUAUUGUGCGCUCUUGCAGUGAGAGAGGAUUUGGGGGCUGGUGCACAAGCCUUUUCACGAAAGCAUCCGCUAUCGUGCUGGCUAUCAACGAUGCUGGUGAUAUUCGCGGGUGGCAUGGUUGCCAACGGGUUACUAGGGGAGCCAAUACUGGCGCCGCUAAAGAAUACACCGCAGCUGGUGAUCGGCACCGUCACAUGGUAUAUUGUGUUCUACACGCCUUUCGACGUUGGAUACAAAGUAGCCAAGUUCCUGCCAGUGAAGGUGGUAGCUGCGGCUAUGAAGGAAAUAUACCGGGCCAAGAAAGUGUACGACGGUGUCAGUCACGCCGCCAAGCUCUAUCCUAAUGCUUACGUUAUUAUGAUCAUUGUUGGUACCCUGAAGGGUAACGGCGCGGGUUUCUCCAAGCUACUGGAGCGCUUAAUCAGAGGAGCUUGGACUCCUACAGCCAUGGAGACAAUGCAGCCCAGCUUCUACACGAAGGCAUCUCUGGUGGCAUCCGUGAUCUUCGUGCUGGACAAGAAGACGGAUCUGAUUUCAGCGCCCCAUGCUCUAGUCUACUUCGGUAUCGUCAUUUUCUUCGUCUAUUUCAAGUUAUCAUCCAUCCUUUUGGGCAUCCAUGACCCGUUCGUGCCUUUCGAGAACCUGUUCUGCGCUCUAUUCAUGGGCGGAAUCUGGGACUCGCUUGCUAAACUUCUGGGCAAGGGACAGCCCAAGGAGGAAACUAAAGAUACAAAAAAAACUAAUUAAUAACAAUAUACAACUCCAGCCUCUUCUUCAACUGACACCGACAAUACAAAUUGCGACGGCUCCAUAACAAGUAGCUUACUAUAGU